AUGACGCUGGACGUGGAGAUGAGCGAUAGCGUCGCCGCUGUCAAGCACAAGGUGCGUGACAAGGAGGGCACCCCACCCGAGCAGCAGCGCCUGAUCUUCGCGGGCAAGCAGCUAGACGACGACCGCACGGUGGCGGACUGCGGCAUCCAGAAGGAGGACACGCUGAACCUUGUAGUGAAGCAGAGAGAGAGCGUCAACAUUGGCGUCGAGCGGACCUACGCCGGACACCGGGGCGGCAGCAUGCAGAUCUUUGUGCGCACGCUCACGGGGGGAACAAACAUGACGCUGGACGUGGAGAUGAGCGAUAGCGUCGCCGCUGUCAAGCACAAGGUGCGUGACAAGGAGGGCACCCCACCCGAGCAGCAGCGCCUGAUCUUCGCGGGCAAGCAGCUAGAGGACGACCGCACGGUGGCGGACUGCGGCAUCCAGAAGGAGGACACGCUGAACCUUGUAGUGAAGCAGAGAGAGAGCGUCAACAUUGGCGUCGAGCGGACCUACGCCGGACACCGGGGCGGCAGCAUGCAGAUCUUUGUGCGCACGCUCACGGGGGGAACAAACAUGACGCUGGACGUGGAGAUGAGCGAUAGCGUCGCCGCUGUCAAGCACAAGGUGCGUGACAAGGAGGGCACCCCACCCGAGCAGCAGCGCCUGAUCUUCGCGGGCAAGCAGCUAGACGACGACCGCACGGUGGCGGACUGCGGCAUCCAGAAGGAGGACACGCUGAACCUUGUAGUGAAGCAGAGAGAGAGCGUCAACAUUGACGUGAGCGCGUCAGUGUGA